AUGGGGGCUGCCAUAGAAGCUGGAAACAUCUCGACAUCGAACUCGGAAGAUAUUAAAUCUAGUCCUAGACAAAGUUUAGCAACUACAAGUGGAGCAAAUGGGAACUAUAGAGAUGAAGGCAGUUCUUGUGUUAGUGGUGAACUAACGAAUCAAUUAAGACUAACACUUUCACAAGCAAAUAGUCAUAUUGAAUACUACCCAGGUAUCACUACACAAAAACCGAAACAUCCCGAUUAUGCAAUAAAAAGUGUCCGGUUAUCAUCAUUUACUUACUGGUGCCCGGAUGUGAUGGAUCCAGAACAACUCGCAGAAGCAGGAUUUUAUCAUACAGAUGUCCAGGAUUGUGUACGAUGCUUUUUCUGUGGCGGUGGUAUGAAGAACUGGGAAAACGGUGACAAUGCAUGGAUAGAGCAUGCUAGAUGGUUUCCAAAUUGUGCAUACGUGAAACAAUUUAAAGGAGAAAAUUUUGUUAGCAUGUGCCGCAUGGCAAAUAUUGACUACAUGACAGCUGAUGGUGAAAUGCAAAAUCAGGGUACAGAAGGUUUAAACUUGGCAGGUGGUAAAGAGCUUAUAGAGGACCAGUUGGUACAAGACUUAAAUAGUACAGCUUCGAAACUUGUAAUUGGUAUUGGGUAUAUGCAGGAAGAAGUAGAAAAUGCCAUUAAACUAGCUCGAGAGAAAUACGAUUCAUCUGAAUUGCGAGCCCAGUAUAUCCUCGAAUCCCUGCUAGAUAAUAGUUAUAUCAACAAUGGUAACAAUAUACCUAUCCAAAACAAUCAAACAGACAGAGGUAGACCGUCAGCAGUGUCAGGGUGCUCUUUAGAUACUGCGAAUGUUGAAAGAAAAUCUUCAGACAUUAAAGAAGACCACACAUAA